AUGCCGUCCACCGCCGCCUCCGCCUCUGGCGCCACGGCCUCUGCCGCCUCUGCCGCCGCCGACGCGACGAGCCAGCCAUCGUUGAGCCUGCCGCUGUGCGAGUCCACCUGCAGUCCCCCGGACGGAGCCGCGCCUCGCUGCUCGGGGCGUGGCUCGUGUGUCGCUUGGCACGGGAUGGAGUGGUGUGAGUGCGACGCGAGCGCCACCGAACGCUACGUCGGCUUGCGCUGCGACAGGAGGCUUGCAGCGGGUGCGGAGUGCCAAGGCAGCUGCAGCGGGCGGGGGAGGCGCGAGUACGGGGAGCACAUUGACGCCAACGAGUGCGUCUUCCGCAUCAACCGCGCGCCAACGGCCGGCUACGAGCGGCACGUCGGCAGCCGCACGACUUACGAUUUUGUGAAUUCCUUCCCGCACGUGCGCGGCCUUUCGAUUCUGCCGCGCACGCACACCAAACUCAUCCAUGGGAUGGUCGCGGAGCCGUGGGCUGUCCGCGACGCGCCGCAGCAGCGCUACUCCGGGUUCGACGAGUAUCUCGUGUGGGCCGACGGCCACGCCGAGGUGGUUGCCAGGAACCCGGGGCUCGAUGCGUACUUCCUGGACCUCGAAUGGUUGCGCUCCUCUUGGGAGGCCUACUACGCCCACCUCGUCCGUCUCGAGUCGCCGCGCGCGUCCCGCGCUCGCCCCUCUUCCGGUUGGCACGUCACCCGCCUCGCGCUGGGUGUUUGUCGCAAGGUGCGCUUGUACGGCUUCUCCCUCGAGGACGGCGAUUUCCACUACUUCGAUUCGAGCGUGCAGGCGACGGUUACCCCGCCGAUGCGCGACUUGCGCUACGGGUACACUCACAAGUUCGCCUUCGAGCACGCCGUCUUUGCUAAUUUGAGCGCUGCCAUGCCUGAUAGAUUAGAGCUCUUGCAAUAGCCGACGGGUGUGGACGCACCGCGUUUGACGCUUGUCGUGUUUCUCCACAGCGCGCGCGGGCCCGCGCCUCGAGUUGCGCGUUGCCGUUGGUAUCUUGAAUUUUUGCGGAUAUCUUA